AUGCACCGCACAUACUCCAUGCGCCAGUCAAGGGCGCCGACGGCGUCGCAGAUCCAGAACCCGCCGCCGCCAUCCUCCUCGACCAAGUCCAACAGGCUCUUUGGUAGGGCCAAUAUCGGCCACACAUUCCGCAAGUCCGUCCACCCCGGCGCAUUCGGACCAGACCUCGCCAAGAAGCUCUCAUCAUUGGUCAAGAUGGAGAAGAACGUGAUGCGCUCGAUGGAGCUCGUAGGCCGCGAGCGUAUGGAGGUCGCCCAGCAGCUCUCCAUCUGGGGUGAGGCCUGUGACGACGAUGUCUCGGAUGUCACGGACAAGCUUGGCGUGCUCAUCUACGAAAUCGGUGAGCUCGAAGACCAAUUUGUGGACCGCUACGACCAGUACCGUGUCACCAUCAAGAGCAUCCGCAACAUCGAGGCUUCCGUCCAGCCCAGCCGUGACCGCAAGCAGAAGAUCACCGACCAGAUCGCUCAGCUCAAGUACAAGGAGCCAAACAGCCCCAAGAUCGUCGUCCUUGAGCAGGAGCUUGUUCGUGCCGAGGCCGAGUCCCUUGUCGCUGAAGCACAACUGUCCAACAUCACCCGCGAGAAGCUCAAGGCUGCUUUCACCUACCAGUUCGAUGCUCUUCGCGAGCACAGCGAGAAAAUGGCCAUCGUCGCCGGCUUUGGCAAGCACUUGCUCGAGCUCGUCGACGACACUCCCGUCACUCCUGGCGAGACCCGCAAUGCAUAUGACGGCUACGAGUCUUCCAAGGCCAUCAUCCAGGACUGCGAGGAUGCGCUCACCAACUGGGUGGAGCAGAACGCCGCUGUCAAGUCUAGCCUGUCCACCCGCACGCGCACUCUGUCCCAGCGCCGUGCUCAGCGCCAGCAGCAGACAGGAGGGCAUGAUCUCUCCGGCCAGGACCAACACAUGGACCGCGAGUCCGGCCUGUGGAUCCCAGCCAGCGAGCACAAGGGCGAGUACGAUGAUGAGGAUGAGAUAGAGGAGGGCAGCAUCGCCCGUGGACGCGAGGAGGAGCGUGUCGAGGCUGCUUAG